CAUCUCCUUGCGAACAAAGCGCGGUUGCGUUCGAUCUACGGGGCCGGGCCUGCGGCAUAUCUCUGAACUCUGAUCGAUCCAUCUUCUCUUCCUUCCUCUCUCUCUCUCUCCCCCUUCCCCCCACCGCCAAGAUAAUUAUAGUUCCUAAACUACUUUCCCACCCAAGUCAAAACCCAGACCAGUCGCAAGCCGCUUCUCUUCCCUCGGCCAUGGCCUCCCUCUUUAGGGCCCGCUGCCGGGGGGAGGGCGGAGCGGGAGGGAAGAUACUUCGCGGGCGGCGGGCGCUGCCGCCCGCCUCCCCUUAUGCUCGCCCGAAGAACCAACUGCCGUCUCCUGCUCCAGCUUCCCUUGCCUCAUCUCGAAGCCCUAGUUGGUUCCAGGGCCUCAUCUCGGGCGCCGGGAAGCUGAUCUCUACUGUGUUUCGCUCUGAAGAUAGCUCGUGUUCUUCGUCUUCUGGUUAUUCUUCGGAUGGAGAGAUAAGUUUGAGCUCUGAUGACAAGGAAGAUGUUGAUGCCUCUUCCAAACAUCUUCAUGAAUUAAAUCAGGGAGAAAAUAGACCAAAUUCAGCCAGGGAUUGCAUGGCGAGGUCACAAGCAGUUGUCUCAAGAAGUGAAUCUAAACUUGUUAUCGAGCAGUUGCUUAUGCAGGAAACCUUCACAAGGGAUGAAUGCAAUAGACUGACCAAAAUAAUACAAUCACGAGUUAUAGAGGCCCCAUUUACAGGAGUUGUCCGGGAUGGAACACAUAAGGAAACUUCAGACAGGGCUACUAGCAGUGCUACGGCAUGUUCAGGAGCUUGGCGAUCCUUGAAUCAGAAUCUACCUGAAUCAAUACAGUAUUCUGCUAGUAAGCUGGAGGCCUUUUCUCCUGGGUCUUCUGCUGUCCAAGCAUGUACCCCUGAUCUUCGUGACACAGCUGUUAUGGAGGCCAAGAAAUGGAUAGAGGAGAAAAGGCUAGAAUCAAGUUCAAAACAUAAUUCUGAUUGUGGACCUUGCACUUUAAAUACCGAUAUGCUUCAAUAUGGCAUUGAAAGUGAAUCAAGCUCACCUAUAGAUUUAGCUAAAUCGUACAUGCGCUCCUUGCCUCCAUGGCAAUCGCCAUCCCGGAGUAGUAUUGGAUUUAAGACCCCACCACCUAGUCGGAUGCAUCUUUACAAGGACGAAAACACCUAUGCAACUUUAAAUCUUUCCUUGUCCUCAUCCAAGGUUUUGAAAAGGAACUCUCUUUCUAUUGGAUUCUGGGACACCCUUGAGGAAGCUCGCAGAGUUCGUCUGAAGUCAAGAGAUGAUAUAUUGGAGAUUCCUAAGUUUAAUCAAAUUGAUUCAUCUGCAAGCUUGUUUGAAAAUGAAACCUCUAAGAUCUCAUUAGAUGCUGAUGUGAGAGAUCGAGAAGUUUUAGGAGUUGAUCAUCAUUCAAAUUCUUUAGGACCUACAGAGGUUCCCGGUGCGUCUCCAAAACCAUGUGCAGAGUUGAAUACUGAAAAUCUUUGUUCAAAUGGAGCCCUCAGAUUCUCUGAUCAAAAGGCUAGUGAAGAAAAUACUCUGACAGAAACAGGCAACGUGACUUCAAUUGACAUAGUUUCAGAGCCUGAAAAAGCUCUUAAUGCAGUGCAACCAACCAAUAAAAGUUCACUGCCAGAUACUAAUUCAUCACAACCUGUUAGUUCUAUAAUAGAGAGUGAGCUUAAGUCUUCCAAUCAUAAUGUCCUGAUCUUAGAAAAUAAUGAGAAGGAUGGGACAGAGCUUUUGCAACUUCAAGAUGGCAGUAUUGAUGUUCCCCAGGAGUCUCUUAUUUUGGCUUCCAAGUCAGUGGAGCUUGGGGGUAAUUUUUUAUUCUGUAAUCUCUUAUCUGAAGCAAAAGACGUGACAUCAGAAAGCAUCAAGGCUGCGACACCAAGUGGUGCUGAUGGUGCCACCAAUAGUGAUAAUAAUCACACUUGCAGCAUACAGACGGUUCCUGAGGUUUUAGGGAUAUUAGAAGCCAAUGAUUCCUCACAAUUGAAUCUGGAUCCAGGUCUCAAAGAAACACAUUCUAUUGCUGCAGAUUCAAGGCCACCAGCUGAGAAUCCUCAGAUUCAGGAGGAAGCAAAUGGAUCAACACACAAAAUUUCUGCCACUGGCUCAUCUGCAGAAUCAAACGCCAACUCAGAUCUUGAAUCCUUCAGCAAGGGAGAGCCCAGUGGUACCAACUCCAUCAAUGGUGAGCCAGCUGCUGCAGGCAUCUCUGAGGGAAUUCAUGAGCCUCAAAAUGAGUGUGCCAUCGACGUUCCUUCUGGUCAUGAUACCAACAGUGUUGCAGGCAAAUCACGGAAUGGUACAAGGAUGAAGUCAAUUGAGCGGAUGUUAACCAAACCUCAGCCAAGCACUAGCCACCGUAGGCGAAAAGCAGUGGCCAAAACAAAAAGAGGAAGAGGGGCAAAGUGAUGACGGGCUGCUUGAAGCCACAUUGUAUACUAGUUUGCUUGAAAAGGGCGUAGCAUGAAUAGGCUUCAAUGUCAACUUGUUAGCAUCCGCUGUUGAGGCCGGGUGAAAAUACCACGGUGCAUAUCCAUGUGAGAUACAACUGUUGUAUCAUCUCUAAUUUCCAUUAAUUAACAGAGCAAGAUUGAAGUGUAUUACUUUAGUUCUUUGAUUUCCGCCAUUGAUUCUGUAAUUUCUGAAUGCAGUUAAUCUGUGUGCUGCAACAGUGGUGUUGGUUUUUUCCCCAGAUUUAUUUUUUUUCGAAUUUUAGUGGCAUAAAUUCCUAAUAA